GCGUCUCUCUGUCUCUCUGUGCGUCUCUAUGUCUCUCCGUGCGCAUCUCUGUCUCUCCAUGCGUCUGCGCGUGUCUCUCCAAUCCCCCAGGGCGCCUCGGGUUGGGCAAUCAGGAGCUCCACCUGUGCCCGCAGCCGGUGGCCGUCCUUCCGCCCUACGAGCCGUGCACCGCACACUGCGGCAUCGACUGCUCCAUGACGUCACCUCCAGCGGCAGGCUCCUGGCCUGCGGCAGCAACCGGUACAACAAACUGGGCCUGGAUAAGAUCUCGCACGACGGCGACGACGCCGCGUGCCCCGCGGAGCAGACGGAGGAGUCGCUGGUGCUCUCGCCGGUGCAGUCCAGCCCGCUGGACGGUGCCCGGGUGGUCCACGUGGCGCUGGGCACCGCUCACUCCGCCGCCGUCACAGACACGGGCACGUGCUACACGUUUGGAAGCAACCAGCACGGGCAGCUUGGCGGGGGAGCUCGCACGAGCAGCCGGGCGCCGCAGCCGGUGGACGGGCUCGGCGGGGUGAAGGUGGUGCAGGUCACGUGCGGCGAUGCCUUCACCGUGGCCGUCGCCGAUAGUGACGACGACGCUGCCGCUGCUGCUGGUGCCGCCGCCACCGUGUGCGGAGGUGGGGGCCUCUUUGCUCAGAGCACUUGGCUCAGACGCCCCAUCAUCAAUAUUGUCACUCCCGUGGUGAUAAAUUAA